UCUGUCAUAUUAUUGCAGUGAGAGGGAAACGCAGUCCACAAAUUAAUUAUUAGGAAUGGGACUCCGGUGAUGUGAUAUAAUUUAAAAGAAAGACGAGAAGCAGCAUUUCCCCAUAUAGCUACAUUAUUAGUUGGAUUUGACAAAAGUGACGAUUGUUCAGUUAAAUUUUGAUUACUUGUAUACUGAAUCACAAGCAUUUCUCACGAUGGAUAACCAACUAAAACAGUUCAACGCAAUAGGAUCUGAGGAAAACUGGCGAACGCAGAGUUUUCGCCAAACUGUAAUUGCCAAAAUUGAAGAGGUAAUGCAGCGCUCGGGGAUGCAAGUGGCUCGGAACAGCACCGAGAUGGAGAACCAUGUCUUCAUCAAGGCUAAGAACCGCGAGGAGUAUAUGAACAUGGUUGCGAAACUGAUCCUCCAUUUAAGGGAGAUGUCACAACCGAAACAAAACCAGGGUGCACCAAACAUGCAGGGUCCCAACCAGAACCAACAGGGCCCAAACCAACAGGUCCAAAAUCAACCAGGCCCUCAACAAUCGGGGCCCAACAGCCAGAGUGGUCUAGCCCCAGACCCUAUUAAUGCACUACAAAACCUGGCUUCUCAAGGAUCAAGGAAUCAAAUGAUGAACAUGGGUCCACAAGGACAGAUGCAGCAAAUGGGCCCAAAUCCUGGCAUGGGUUUACAAGCCCAAAUGGGCCAACAGGGGCCUAUUGUCUCCCAGGGGCCUCAAGCUCAAACAGCUACUAAUCUCCUGCAGACAUUGAAUCAGAGGCCACAACUGAACAUGCAACUGCCAAAUAAACUUGGAGGUGGUAUGGGGAUGGUACCGAAUCAAGGACAAAUGGGCAACAAUAUGGUUGGUCAGAUGGGUGGUAUGAACCCAAUGGGUAGUCAGUUGCAAAAUCAGUUAGGGGGCCCGAUGCAGGCUCAGAUGAUGCCAAACAUGUCCAUGCAAAACCCUAUGCAGGUGCCAAUGAGCGGGUCUAACUCCAUGGGUGGUCAGAUGCAGUGUAACCAAGUUGGCAUGGGGGGACAAAUGGCGCCUAAUCAGAUGCAAGGACAAAUGGGGCCUGGACAAAUGGGCAUGGGCAACAGCCAGAUGAUGAACAUGCUGCACAUGCAAGGCCGCGUGGGCGGGGCCGGCAAGGAGGGCCCGCUGAUGGGCGGGGGGUACCCAGCGCGCGCGCCGCCGCCCUUCCUGAGGCAGAGCCCCUCGCCGUCAGCGCCCUCGCCCAUGGGAGGGCCUAGUCCUGUGUCCAUGGGCGUGAUGGGCGGCGCGAUGUCGUCGCCGAUGUCGGGGCUGGGCGGGCUGUGCGGCGCCGCCGGCUCGCCCUCGCCCUCCGCGCCGCCGCACCUGCAGCACCACGCGCCGCAUGCGCAGAGAGGUGUAAACAUGGGUAUGGUGGCGUCUCCAUCGUCGUCUCUGAACACCCCGGUGGGGACUAGUGUGGCGUCGCCCAGUGGGGAGGAAGCAGCUUACAGGGAGAAGGUCCGGCAGCUGUCCAAGUAUAUAGAGCCGCUGCGACGGAUGGUCCACCGGAUGGUCAGCGAGGGGGAAAACGUGGAGAAGCUGACAAAGAUGAAGAACCUACUAGAUAUCCUGUCUAACCCUAACAAGCGGAUCACUUUAGAGACGCUUAUCAAAUGCGAGGUGGUGCUUGAGAAGUUGGACUUCAAACGGAGCGAGGGCGUCGGCCUUGGGUUACCCAACACUGGAAAGGAACAAAUCUUCAAUCCCCUUUUGGAGGUGGUCAACAACUGUUUACAGUCACCACUGGCCAACCACACUCUAAAACGGACAUUUGGUGCAACCCUGGAUUCAUUGAACGGCCCUGAAAUCAAGAAUCUACCGCCUCCAGCGAAGGUACCGAAGCUAGAAGAGCCUGCUAUGGAAAUACCUGAUGUCCUACAGGGAGAAAUAGCCAGACUAGACUCCAGAUUUAAGGUGUCGCUGGAGACGAUGCAGCUGUCGGGCGGCGCGGGCGCCAUCUCGCUGGUGGCGCAGCUGGACGACGCGCGGCUGCCGUGCGUGCCGUGCGUGCACGUGGCCGUGCCGCGCGCCUACCCCGCGGCCGCGCCGGCGCGCCUGCGCACGCGCCACGCCAAGCCCGACGCGCCCGACUCCUUCCUGGCGCGCGUGGAGCGCGCCAUGGACGCCAGGUGCGCCAGAUUACCAAAAAGCUGCUCGGUUGGCCAACUCCUGGACGCGUGGGAGAUGAGCGUGCGGCAAGCUUGCGCGCCCAACCCUAUGGCGUACUCCCCAGUGCCAGCCCUGGGACUGUAAGAUGGCGCAGGUUUAAAGGAAGAUACAUAGAUCGAAAGAAUUUCGCAUGGACAGAAGGAGGGUGGUGUAAUAGUUUAACACGCUCGUCCCGGCUUGACAAGAGCUGGGAGUACAAGUCCCGUCCGAGUCAGAAAAAAAAAUCCGUUUUUGUUGUAAUUUUAAGUAAAAAUCAAAUAUGAUUUUUUUCUCGGCUGCAACUAAUGUGUAUGAAGUAAGUUUUGUUCCGCAUGAAAUAGUAUAAUAAUGGUGCCGAUUCCAGUAGACACCUCCUAAUUAAAACACAUAAUAACGGGUUCUUAACGCGUUCAAAAUAGGGAUAUGAGACUCCCGAUAUUUCGACACUGUUGCAAGUGCCAUGAUCACGGGAUGACUGAUGAGAUUGGAGUGGAGUAGGUAGAUCCAUAAUUUUCUACGGGCAUCUCAUCAGUCAUCCCGUGAUCAUGGCACUUGCAACAGUGUCGAAAUAUCGGGAGUCUCAUAUCCCUAUUUUAAACGCGGUAAGAACCCGUUAUUAUGUGUUUUAAUUAUGAUAAUAACCGCGUAAACUUAAGACACCUCCUAAUUUAAAAAUAAAAAUUAGUUCGGCAAAUAUGAAAAUGACAGCUAUAACUAAAAAUAAGUUAUACCUGUCACUUUCUUAUUCGCCGAAAAGGAAAGGGACGCCUUCCAAGUCGGUUUUUUUUUUGUUUGUUUUAUUAAUAAGAAUUUUAAUGAAAUCCAAGGACUUCGAUUUUAAAUUGCUUAUUCAGACUACUAUGAUAUUAAUUGUUUUUACAUACUUAUAUUUUAGAUUAUUAAACAUGAAUAGCAAUUUUUCCUAAAAUAAUAUUUAAUAAGUUAUUUAAUAAUAGGAAUAAGUUUUAAUGUAAUUAUCGUAUCUGUAUGUGAGGGAUCUUCUGGUAAUGUAUUAGCAAUAUUCUCCUUUAUAUCGAGGUAACUAGUAUGCGCAUAUCAUGUGUUUCGCAUAUUGCCCAGUAGGGCUAGCAAUAUCGGUUUUAAAUAAUUUGUAUAAUGAACACUGGCAUACUAUAAACAAAUAGACUCACAAUCGCUAAGGUAUUUUCUAAAAAAAUGUUGUAAAUACGUAUACAUUAAGUUAUGUAGAUAGUAUAAGGUCGUUUCCUCAAAUUAAGAUGUUGUGGUUGUUAAAAUAGAGAGAAAUGUCGGCUAUACAGGGUGUUAGUGACAAUGGAUGAUUCAGACCAUGAUUCUGAGAUGAUAUCAAGUUAAAUUUUCCGUCGCAAAAGUAUAGAAUAGAAAAUAAUUUAAAAAACACAUUUUUUUUAUGAAUUUUCCGGUAUUUUACGGUGUCACUAACACCAUGUACUUGUAUGGGAUAUAAGUGACAUCGUAACUAAUACUGAGCGGGAUGGUUCUGACCAUGUUUGUUUCUGAGUUGAUAUCAAGUGGAAUUUUCCACCGCAAAAGUGUAGAAUUGAAAAUAAUUUAAAAAACUGAAAAAAUAUGAAUUUUGCAACAGAAAAUUCCACUUGAUAUUAACUUAGAAUCAUGGUCUGAAUCAUCCCCCUGAGUAUUCGUUACGAUGUCACUAACAUCCUGUAUAGUGUCGUAAUUACGCCGAUUGCGACUAAAUCCGAUUUUGACACGCCGUCGCUUAGUGACAAGAUGCGUCACGGAUACUUUUUCACAGAGAUCUGUAGUCUAUUUGUUUAUAUACGAGGUCAAUGAUUAUGAAUGAAAAAAAUAAAUAAAAAAGCAACAUUUCUUUACAGAUGUGAUAAUUAACUGUGAUAAGUUUUUUAAAUGAAUAUUGCUAAAUGAUAUCAAGGUAUACAAACAAAAUAGAAUUAGUAUAGUCUUCGAUGACAUGCGAGCGAUUGGGUUGGGUUACGAUUAGGGACAUAUUUCUAUAAAAACAAUUGAUCAUACUUUAUUAAAACACAUAAUAACGGGUUCUUACCGCGUUUAAAUCAGGGAUAUGAGACUCCCGAUAUUCCGACACUGUUGCAAGUGCCAUGAUCACGGGUGACUGAUGAGAUUGGAGUGGAGUAGGUAGGUCCAUAAUUUUCUACGGGCAGACAUAUCUGUCUACCCUCUUUCUUUGCCGCUUGUUAAUUAUAGAAAUAGAAAAAUAUUUAUUUAAAAAAAAAGAGAUUUACAAAAGUAAUCUGUUACAAAAAAACUGGUUUUAUGAGGUAGUUUCAGAAAAUCUACAUAUAGACAGAUAAAACAGCGGACCCUGCACUAAGCUUGUUUUGAUCAUACGUUUUUUUGAAAAAAAAAAACUAAUUUCACGCCCACACAAACACACCCUCACACGUAUGCGUGACAUGCGAACAUGCGUGACAGUAUUGUCACGAGCAUUAAUAUGUAUUACUUUGGUACCAUGUCACAUUAACUUUUUUGACAAAUUGAACUGUAAGUCUUACUAAAUGUCAAAUUAUGUUAGUGCGACAGAGUCCUAAAGUGGGUAUAUGAUAUAGGUCAUGGCUGUACACACACAUACUCACGUUAAUAGCCACAUGCAUGCACAACGAUUCAUGUAAGAUAAAGAAUUAUGUCAAACAAUAAAAAAACAUGUAUUGUGUAACUCAACCCACAGCUCAGAUGAGAUAUAUUUUACAAGCAAAAAAUAACUAAAUAUGUAAUGAUAUCUAGAUAAAUAAUUUAUCAAACGAAAUGAUGUAGUAAAUGGGUGAAUACCAAAAUGUGUCAAGUUUGGUGGCGAACUGUCAUAAUUAUAAUUUUUUCGUGAAAAAUUGGGAAUUGAAAAAUUCCUUUUUCAUGUCGGAACCGAGGAUCCUUUUGGAUCUUUUUCAUGUCGGAACCCAAUUUUUCACGAAAAAAUAAUAUGAAAUUUCGCCACCAAACUUGAAAUUUCGAGAUUCACCCAAAUGAUUGGACUGAUUUGUUUUGUACCGGGAUCAAUAAGCUACUAUAAGCAGGGGUCCCCUCAAUUUUGUAUUGACUUGAAUGUUGUACCGUGAAUGUGUUACGAAGUAAUUGUUAAUUGAAAGUAAAUAGAAUGGUAUUCAUAGAAAA